CAGAAGUUAGUUUUACUGUAGACCAAUGUAAGCUUUAAUUAACCAUCCAGUACAACAGAGCUCUUUGCAUAAGAGAGAAACUAACAAGUUGGUAGGAAUUUAUAUCUGUAACUCCACAUAUCUGUGGAAGGGAUACACUGUAUUUAUUAGCUAUUCCAAGUAACUAAUGCCUUGACUCAGCCUUUCAGCUUACACAAUGAUGAGAGAAACAACAAAUCACAAGCAAAAUAUCUAUAGUUGUCAUCUACAAACUCAAUAUAAAAAUUAGAAUAUUAAGCAAGGGGAUCAAUGUGAGGCCGUUUGGUGCUAGUGUCUGGUUUUCUAAAAAUGGUGAAGUAUUUGGUGAUAAGCAAUUGAUUGUGAAGAGUUGUUCUAAAUGCAUCAUGAGACAAUUUUUUUUUCAUAGUGUGGUGUUGUUUGUUUCUAUUCUAUGGAGUAUAAAUUAUUCAAUUGAUGAUUUGUGUUAUUUCCUUUAUGGCUUUAUUUGGAUACUAAGUCAAGGGGGAGUUCACUUUAUUCUAUAGUACAAAUGAAUUGAUGAAAUAAGGAAGUAUAACCUAAAAGUUGGCACCUUUGGACAAAGCUGCUGAGCAGAUUCCACCUGCCUUGUUUUUCCAUCCUCCUGAUAAAAGUGAUUCCCCUACCCCUAGUCCCCAUGAUUCAGCCACACAGUGUACUACCAUGCAUCCCGCUGCAUUUGCUCCAAAAAAAAUUCUGAUAAAAUCAUAAGGAGCUGAUUCUAACCUUAAUUAAUCUCAUGCUAAAAUAUGUCUUGAGAUUAUAGAGACCAGCUGCAGGAGGCAGAACCAAUUAGAUAGUGAAAAUGUAGGCCCUUUGUGUUGUAUUGAAGUUUGCUGCAUUAACACUCUUUCCAGUCUCUAAUUCUCAAGUUAAUUAUGGUGCAAAAACGGCCCUUCGAACAGGAGUACUUCAAUGAGGUUUCAUCUAAGCAACCAAGGCAUGUAGAAACUAAUGAUCAUCUGAUUUCUUUGGAAUAUCCUUAUGAACCUGCCUAUCUGAAGUCUCAUGCAUCAGGGGAAGAUGGGGAUAUUUCCUUUAAAGGAAAACCUUUAAGUGACAAGAAAUAUGAGUGUGUUUACACUGCUGAACUCCCAAGCUUUGAAAAAGACAGAGAGAUGGGGUUUCCUGGUUCUGCUUCCCACUCUUCCUGGGCUACUAGCAGCACAAGUGAAGAAGAUGUCAGGUCAGAGGGGCCACAUAACACAUCGUUCUCUCCUGAAUAUUACAAUCAUGACAUUCCAUUUAGGACUGUUACUCAUUCUAAAGAGUUAUAUUCUUACCUUCUGAGAAAUCCUCCUAGUAAGUUGGUUCCUGUUGGACCUGAUUUCCAGGCUGAAAUACCUGAAUGCGGUGGAUGUGGCAACAAGGAGAAAGCCAAUUCUUCAAAAGAUGCAUGCAAAACCAUAGAUCAUUCUUAUGAAUCUUUGGAGUCAAAUUGUGGUGGUCAGUUUGACUAUGAAAAUAGGCUAGCUGGGACUUGUAUUGUUCCCAAUUCCAAAUCAGAAUCAGCUGCAUAUUCUAGUGAAGCUGUUGCAAGUGGAAGAAGUGAUUGUUGCUGUGAAGAUACUGGUUCUGUUCGAUGCAUUCAACAGCACAUCAUUGAAGCAAGAGAAAAACUUAAGACACUUCUUGGGGAGGAGACCUUUGUCAAACUGGGUUUUUAUGAUAUGGGUGAGGUAGUUGCACAAAAGUGGACUGAAGAGGAACAGGAAUUGUUCCAUGAGGUUGUAUCUUCAUCUCCUGCAUCCUUGGGCAAGAAUUUUUGGCACCACCUUGCAGUUGAGUUCCCUCACCGAACAAGGAGGGAAAUAGUGAGCUAUUAUUUUAAUGUCUUCAUGCUGCGAAUCCGUGCUGAACAGAAUAGAUUAGACCCAUUGAAUAUAGACAGUGACAAUGAUGAAUGGCAAGAGGAAGCAUAUGACUCUGCUGGGGAAGAAGAAGCCAAGAUGACUGACGAAGAUGAGGACUCUGUAGUCGAAUCGCCAGUUCAUCAUGAUGAUCCUGGGCACAUUUUGAUCUACGAUGAUUAUAAACACCCAUAUUAUGAAGAUGCUGGGCUUGCAAUCUGGAGAGAUUAUAAGCAUCUUGGUCAUGACACCAAUAAGGUUGUCACUACUGUACCCGAAGAAUGUGGUGAUAAGUUAUUUGAGAAGCACAGUUCUGAACUCACAGUUCAACAUCCAGACAGAAGUGAGCCAAAUGAAGCCAACCAUGCUGAACUUGACGGCCCUUCUACUAGGGCUGAUAACAAACAUUGGACUAGUGAUUAUGUAGGUACGGGCAAUAGUAAUGGGCAUGAAUUUGUUUUGGAGCCCAGAUUUGGCAGAGAAUGGGACGUCGGGUACUCAAGUUGUACCAAAAACGACGUUGACUUCUUGCCCACUUGCUCGAUGAUUGAAGAAGUUUUUGGAAACGAGGCAUGCUAUGACAAGAGCCGAGAUGGUUAUGGUUCAAGUUAGCUCUACGCAUCGUUUUCAGCCGUAGUCGAUUAAUCCUGGGGAUGCUUUUGGGAUAGAGUAGCUCCUAAACACCCCCUUGUGUAUAUUCAAAAUGGUGGAAUUUGGAAUUUUGCUCAGUUUAAGAUAAUAUUUUUGUUAGGCUGUUAGAUGAGGUAAAUUGUACUUGCAUUAUGCACACUGUAUAAUCACAAAUGAAGAUGCUCUUUGUCCCUCUGCUCAA